GAAUUAUAUCACAGGCGUGCACUGUCACGAGAGAAUUUGCUUGAAACAAGAAGCACCGAUGAAUCUGAUAAUGAACAAUCCAUCUUCAUAUGCGACUAUGAAGAGUUGGUUGAAUGGGCAGGCUUUGACAAACCUCCAAAACUUCCACCUAGGAAUUUUGAAAAUGCAUAUAUUGAAAUCAAUAACCCAAGUAAAAAACUCAUCAACAAAACAGGAGUCACCGGGAUGUCGUUGGACCACAUGUUUUGCUCCCGCUGUCGCGAAGGCUUCGAACCGCAUGAGAAAAUAGUCAAUUCUCGCGGAGAGUUGUGGCACCCACAAUGUUUUGUGUGUGCACAGUGCUUUCGUCCUUUUCCCGAAGGAAUUUUCUACGAGUUUGAAGGUCGCAAAUACUGCGAGCAUGAUUUUCACGUUUUGUUUGCUCCCUGUUGUGGAAAGUGUGGUGAAUUUGUUAUUGGCCGAGUAAUCAAAGCCAUGAACGCUAAUUGGCAUCCAGGUUGCUUCCGUUGUGAGGAGUGUAGUGGCGAGCUAGCGGAGUCUGGUUUCAUGAAGUGCCAAGGAAGAGCUUUAUGCCACACUUGUAAUGCUCGAAUCAAGGCCGGUGCUCUUGGAAAGCAUAUUUGUCAUCAAUGCCACGGAGUUAUUGACGACAAACCUCUCCGUUUUCGUGGCGAGGUAUACCACCCAUAUCAUUUUAACUGUACAGCUUGUGGAGUUGAAUUAAAUGCUGAUGCCCGAGAAGUGCGUUCAAGGCCUGGAUUUGCAGCUAAUGACAUGAACGAACUGUACUGUCUGAGGUGCCAUGACAAGAUGGGAAUCCCGAUUUGCGGAGCUUGCCGUCGGCCGAUAGAGGAGCGCGUUGUAACUGCUCUAGGCAAACAUUGGCAUGUGGAGCACUUUGUUUGUGCCAAAUGUGAAAAGCCAUUUUUGGGUCAUCGUCAUUAUGAGAAGAAGGGCUUGGCUUAUUGCGAGACUCACUACCAUCAACUCUUCGGAAAUCUAUGUUUUGUGUGCAAUCAAGUUAUCGCAGGAGAUGUAUUCACAGCGCUAAACAAGGCGUGGUGUGUCCAUCACUUUGCUUGCGCAUUUUGUGAUCAGAAGAUGAACCAGAAGACCAAAUUCUUUGAAUUUGAUCUCAAACCAGCUUGCAAGAAAUGUUAUGAGAAAUUUCCUCAAGAAUUGAGAAGGCGCAUGCGUCGUAUGCACGAUCUCAAUCCAAAAAAGAUUCCUGCCUAAAUCAGAGUCAAAGCGCUUAUCCCGCUUCUAUGUCUUUAAUGAAGUAAGUUUAAAAUAUUUAUUAAUAAUUUUAUCAUCAUUAUGCCACGCCUGAAAAAUUGGAUGUUGAUAAACUUAGCGUCGGUACAGUUUUAUGAAAUAACCAAAGUAAAAUUUUAUAUUCCUUAUCGGUAUAUGAUUAUAAUAUGAACGAUGUUUAUCGCAUAUACUAUUGAAUUAAUCUUUAUUCAUUUAAAGUUGAAAGUUUUUGAUAUAUUGGGCUAACAAAUAAUUGGCAAUAAGACAUUUCUUGCCUUAGUCACACUGCUUCCAUUAUCAAAUAUUAUUAGAUCUUGGUGCCUUUGCACGUACCCAUAAUAUAAAGUGAAAAUAUUUUAUACUCUUAUACAACAAUCAUAACAUACCUACAUGAGCGCCAUUAUUACUUAUAAAAUUUUGGCCUCCAAUAACAUAAUUAUUUACAGGAUUCACUCUUAGUGAAUUAAAUUCUAACAUACAAUCAUAGUGAUUUCUUGCUGGUGCCUUUCGAUAUUUCUAAAGAAAAGUAAUUUUCUGAGCUGAUUUUUGUCGAGAAAUUGCCGUUUGGGUAAAUGUAACUAUUUGUAAUUGUAUUCACGAAGAGCUUAAAAAUAAAUACAUAUUAUCUCAAAAA